AUGUCGGCCGCCGCUAACACAGAACAUAUCUCGGUAGGUGGUAACCGCCAGACGUCAGCCUCAGAUUGGUCGAAGCACUCCGGUGUCCUAGCCUACGGGGCUGACCAGAAUAUCGCUCUCUGGAAGCCACUUGGAGAUAAUGUCCAAGGAGUGUAUGGGACGCUUCGGGGCCACACAGCAAAGGUCACUGCUUUGACGUUCGGGCAGGUCGACGACAGUGAGUCAAGCGAGGGCCUGGUCUCGGGCAGCGCGGACGUUCAGACCAAGCCUCGAUUUAUUCCCUUGUCUCUGGCGUUCGCACACUUCGAGCAAGCCGAGGGUAACGAAGCGGCUUUCAUGGUCGCUGGAGGGACGCGCAACGAUGUUCAAUUGUAUGGUAUUAAGAAGCCAUUGACAGAACCUGAAGUAACACACUGCGCGAGCUUAGUCGGCCACGAAGGCUGGAUUCGGUCUCUCAAAUUGAAGCGUCUACACAGUGGAGAGUAUCUCCUUGCUUCGACAAGCGCGGACAAGUACGUUCGGAUAUGGAAGUUCAAACCACAAGGACAACUAGACGGUGCCGUCCAGUCUACAUCGAAUGGGCCUAUACAGCAGAGCUCACUGAACGCUAAGGUUCAGACAGUAUCUGUCGACUCAGCUAGCUACAGCGUCACGUUUGAAGCACUUCUGCUCGGACAUGAAGACUGGGUGUAUUCAGCGGCGUGGAACCCACGUGAUGACUCACAACAGCUACUGUCGGCAUCCGCCGAUGGCACCUUGACAAUCUGGGAGCCCGAUGAAACGUCUGGAAUCUGGGUCAGUGUCACUCGUCUCGGCGAGAUCAGCGGCCAAAAGGGAGCUACAACAGCGACUGGCUCAUCUGGCGGAUUUUGGAGUGCUCUUUGGUCGCCGGAGGGAGACGCGGUGACCUGCCUGGGCCGUACAGGCAGCUGGCGGCUGUGGAAGUUUGACCAUGGACAACAAUACUGGACGCAACGGACGGCAGUGACGGGUCACGUUGGCUCCGUCAACAGUUUGAUAUGGUCGCCAGAUGGAAGCUAUCUGCUAUCGACAAGUUCUGAUCAAACCACAAGACUACACGCGGAAUGGCGGCAGGGGACGAAGAGAACGUGGCAUGAAUUCGCACGACCACAGAUCCACGGCUAUGACCUGAAUUGCAUAUCGGCGAUCAACUCGACGCAAUUUGCGUCAGGUGCCGACGAGAAGCUGCUUCGUGUGUUUGAUGAGCCAAAGUCUGCAUCUGUGCUCCUUUCCAGGUUGAGUGGCAUCGAAAGUUCGAACGCCGACGACUUACCUGAGACUGCAGCCAUUCCUGUUCUUGGACUCUCAAACAAGGCCAUGGACGAGACAAUCGGCGAGAAUGGUGUCACAAAUGGUGACCACGCUGCUCAGACACCAGCUUUCGCGUCUGACGCAUCUGUAGACCAUCUCAACGAGCCGCCGACAGAAGAUCUCCUCGCCAGGUACACAUUAUGGCCCGAAAGAGAGAAGCUCUAUGGUCACGGCUACGAGAUCUCCACAUCAGCAUCUGACGGCGACAUCCUGGCCACAGCCUGCAAAGCCAGCUCACUCGACCACGCUGUCAUCCGCAUGUACGACACAAAAUCAUGGACUGAGAUCCGUCCAGCGCUCUCGGCACAUACUUUGACAGUGACGAGGCUGGCAUGGUCACACCCUACCCACACCCAACUGCUCAGCGUGGGCAGAGACCGCCAGUGGGCAGUGUUCAAGAAGAUCGAGAAUACUUGGCAGCUGUUGCAGUGUAAAGAGAAGGCACAUUCGAGGAUGAUUCUGGACGCAGCUUGGUCACCGAGUGAGGAGCAUUUGUUCUUCGCGACUGCUGGAAGGGACAAAACAGUCAAAUUGUGGUCAGCGAGCGGCGAAACCUCCGAGUACACUCUUGCUCAAACGCUGACACGGAAAAAGCCGGUCACUGCGGUGGCGCUGGCGCAAUCAAGUCAAGAGGGAAAGGUGGUCAUGGCGGUCGGAGAGGAAGAUGGAUCGGUAUCGGUGCAUGUCAUUGAUGCUCCUGCCGGGUUGCAGAUCAUCACAAGCAGAGAAAUGCAGCCAGAGCAGUGCCCUUCGAAGACUAUCACGCAACUGAUAUGGCGACCUCAGCUGCCCAAGUGUAUGGAGGAAGGCCCAGGCAUGCAGUUGGCGAUUGCCUCAGCGGACUGCUCAGUGAGGAUAUCAAGGGUCGACGUCGAUGCGCUACUGCCGGGCUGA